AGUGCGGCGUUAUUCUGAACUCCCCUUGUGAUUGGUCGACCUGGCUGCGUCACUAGGAAGUAGUUGCUCGAAGCAGAGGAUAAUAAACAGUAAACAGGUUGAAGUCGGUCCGACGGUCCAGUCAGACAGCGAGCUCGGCGGAUCUUGAAUGCUAUCGUUUUACAUUGGGUCAGGAUCCCAGACUGACUGCGGAGGGUAACCCCCUGGGAACCGAAUGAAGAAACACGUCUUACUACUAUUCAACUAUAGGGGACUUGUCAGAAAAGGAAAAAAGAGUAAAAGAAGAAAAUGGCCAGUUUUAUAUUACGGAAAGCCGAGCCCAAGGACGUGUCAGACAUACUGCGACUCAUAAAGGAACUUGCUAAAUUUGAAGAAAUGGAAGAUCAGGUUAUAUUAACUGAAAAGGAUCUUCUUGAUGAUGGUUUUGGAGAACACCCAUUCUACCACUGUGUUGUUGCAGAAGUACCAAAUGAGCAGCAGUCUUCAGAGGGACACACUGUGGUUGGAUUUGCUAUGUACUACUUCACAUACGACCCUUGGAUUGGAAAGCUGCUGUACCUGGAAGAUUUCUAUGUAAUGAAAGAAUACAGAGGGUACGGAAUGGGCUCCAAGAUCCUGAAGCAUCUGAGCCACACUGCGGUGAAGACUCGCUGCAGCAGCAUGCACUUCAUAGUGGCGGAGUGGAACAAGCCGUCCAUAGAGUUCUACAAGCGACGCGGCGCCUCUGACCUGUCCUCGGAGGAAGGCUGGCGGCUCUUCGAGAUUGAUAAGCAGUACCUGGUGAAGAUGUCUUCCAAGGAGUGAGGGCUGGCCGCGCGGAGCAGGGAAUUCAGAUACCUGCUGUGACUCUGCAGGUUCUGUCUAGUAUUUAACCUGAUAGGUUAACACAACAAGUCUUUGUACUUGACAUAUGUUUUUUAGUUUUUUUGUUAAUUGUGAUGUAUUUGGCAACAGGUCUGAUAAAAGCUUUAUUAAAAGUAGUUUGUGACGUAUUAACGCUGCGUCGUUCAGGGGAAGCUUUGCUUUAGUUUCUAUCCCCGUACUGUGUAAGCUCCUGCAAAUUCAAUGCUAAACACCAGAAUCCACCUCAUCAGCAGGAGCACACGCCCUUGAUCAAACUGCUGGUCUUGAACUUUAAAUGCCCAUCAGAUCCGAAUCAAAUUAAUAAGCAUCUUCGUUUAGUUGGCAAACUUGGUAACUAAAAGUGAUAUUUGUUUUAUUUUUUUUUGGUGUUUAAUUUUUUGAUCAAGACACGUUGUUGUUGAGGGAAGGAAAUGUACCACAAGGAUGAAGAGAUAAUCCAUAUUAGAAGUUCACGUGACAUGUUUUCAAAGCUAGUAGCUGUUUUAAAAUCUGUUUACAUAUAUUUGAAUGAUGUCAAGUAAUGUGGUGUUUGUUUGUUUUUUUUGAUGUGUUUCUGUUUUAAUAAAAAUGUAAGUGUU